AACCCGGCCCAGCAGCCUAGAGCGCGUCCGUGUUAUGUGUGCCAUGGACUCAGCCCAGUAAUAUUGACGAUAGGGCGAAAAAGGGACCGAUAUUCCCUAAUAAAACAUAUUUUCUGGAUUAAAAUAACAUAUUAACGCGGUGUGUGGACAUAAAGAGAUACCUGGGGAUGUUCGUAUUUCAGCUGGAUCCUUUUCUAUCGUCGGAAAUUUGAGUGUUUGAUGGGAUUAUUGCUGUGGGUUUGGCAGUUUUUAAGGCCAAAAACCGAUUUUGUGUCUUUCUUUUUCUUUUUCUGCUGCUUCAAGAGGCCUUGAAGGAGGAAAGACGGUUAAAAACACCCAAAUCAGCUCCUCACAUCGAAAACAUCAAGGGCUAUGUCCUCCGCAGCCACCACGCCUCCAUCAGUGGAUAAAGUAGACGGAUUUUCCCGGAAGUCUGUCCGGAAAGCCAAGCAGAAACGUUCUCAGAGUUCCUCACAGUUCCGCUCUCAGGGCAAACCAAUCGAACUCACACCUCUUCCCCUGCUCAAAGACGUCUCUGCUCAGGAGCAGCCGGAGUUGUUCCUGAAGAAACUUCAGCAGUGUUGUGCUGUGUUUGAUUUCAUGGACACUCUGUCAGACCUGAAGAUGAAAGAAUACAAGCGCUCAACCCUCAACGAGCUCGUCGAUUAUGUCACAGUCAGCCGAGGAUACCUCACAGAACAGGCCUACCCAGAGGUCGUCAAAAUGGUGUCCUAUAAUAUAUUCCGAACUCUUCCGCCUAGUGAAAGUAAUGAGUUUGACCCAGAGGAGGAUGAACCCACUCUAGAGGCCUCGUGGCCACAUUUACAGCUGGUAUAUGAGUUCUUCAUUCGUUUUUUGGAGAGCCAGGAGUUUCAACCCAGCAUUGCCAAAAAGUACAUAGACCAGAAAUUUGUCUUACAGCUGCUGGAGUUGUUUGACAGCGAGGACCCGCGGGAGAGAGAUUACCUGAAGACAGUCUUACACAGAAUCUAUGGAAAAUUCCUGGGACUAAGAGCUUUUAUACGAAAACAAAUUAAUAAUAUUUUUCUACGUUUUGUUUAUGAAACUGAGCACUUCAAUGGAGUCGCAGAAUUGUUGGAGAUUUUGGGAAGCAUCAUCAAUGGCUUCGCUCUGCCACUGAAGGCCGAGCACAAACAGUUUCUGGUGAAAGUUUUGAUUCCUCUUCACACCGUCAGGAGCCUCUCACUUUUCCAUGCACAGCUGGCAUAUUGUAUUGUACAGUUCCUAGAGAAAGACCCUGCAUUAACAGAACCAGUUAUCAGAGGUCUGCUGAAAUUCUGGCCUAAAACCUGCAGUCAGAAAGAGGUCAUGUUCCUAGGAGAGUUGGAGGAGAUUCUGGAUGUGAUUGAGCCUACGCAGUUUGUGAAGAUCCAGGAGCCUCUCUUCAAACAGAUCUCCAGAUGUGUCUCCAGCCCUCAUUUUCAGGUGGCUGAGAGAGCUCUGUACUACUGGAAUAAUGAGUACAUCAUGAGUCUGAUUGAGGAGAACUCUAAUGUGAUUCUUCCUAUAAUGUUCACAAGUCUGUACCGGAUCUCCAAAGAACACUGGAACCCGGCCAUAGUAGCUUUAGUCUAUAAUGUUCUGAAGGCCUUCAUGGAAAUGAACAGCACUUUGUUUGAUGAACUCACAUCCACUUACAAGUCAGAUCGUCAGAGAGAGAAGAAAAAAGAGAAGGAGAGAGAGGAGCUGUGGAAGAGGUUGGAGGAUCUGGAGUUAAAGAGAAGCCUCCAGAGCGACGGAAUUAUUCCCACUUAACGACGCGCCUCUCCCGGACCGCUUUUUCCCAACGCCUCCAACACGCGCUCGGAACGUUGGCCACAUUUUUUUCCUUUCUGUAUUUGUGCGAUUUACUUUACCGUAGAUUCACCUCGUCAGUCUCAUUAUUUCAAAAGCACUGUAAAUAACUUUAUUUUAUCUUAUUUUUUCCCCCCAUUAAAAAUAUUAUGCAGAAAAAGAACGUGACUAGAAAAGGAAAUUAAAAAAUUUAAAUAAGCAAAAAACAAAAACAAGAGAAACCCGCACUGGAGGGGGAAGGACUUUGAACAGACAGUAGGACUGAAAUGAAUGACUGCUGUUAAGAAAAUCAAACAAACAAACAGAGAAUCUCAUCCCACUGAUCUGACAUACCUCGGCCAUCCUUACUGAACAACACCAGCCCAAUUCUCUCUCUUUCCUCACCUGCCCCCUUCUCUAUGUACCUUACUCUUCCCUCUUUCUGUUUUUGAAUUGGAUCAACAUUCGCCACCUGUGUGUCCUGAAUAUCUGAAAGCAGAGUAGUCUACCCUUGACCUUUGUUUAUUCGUUAACAUCUGGAUAAACGCAGUGGGUCUGGAUUGUAGACGUCUUGAGGAGACGCAAAAGGACACUAUGCAGUAACCAGCAAAGAAGAGGAAGUCAUAAAUACGCACCAGCUCUUGCUUUCCCCCCUUUUCGUUCUUUUUCUGUCCAAAUGUGCCGCCCUGUACACUCGUUUGGACUCUAGCACCAGUCCGGUACUGGUACCAGUAAAUGGGACAAACACACACACACACACAUCGGAGCGGGUGUCCAGAAUUCCAGCAGCAAAACCGGAGAUGCUUGUCAUGAGAACUCGAACUGCACGUGCACACACACAUUCUGCAUUCGAGUGUGUGAGGGAGUUUCUUACAGUGUUAAGUACCUGUAUACUGUAUCUGAAUGCAGUACUUUGAUACUCUGUAUCUAGUAGAACCUUUAGCGUAUUUUUCUUUAGGAGAAUCCAGUAUAUGAUGAGGAAAGAUUGAACACAACCUCUUGGGAUUUUUUUUUUUUUCUUUCUUUCUUGGGUUUCACUUUUAAUUUGUUUUGGGUUUAUUU